UAUUAUUUUAUAUGGAACUUUGACCUUAGUUGCCACUUUUUUUUUUAAAGAGUUGGUUGAUACUUUUCCCUCUAUUUUGCUCAUCACAGCAUCCACGAACACUUGAUUUGACUGGCCAGCCAUUGCCCCAACUCCCUCUCUUCUCUUCACCUAAUCAAACCCAAAGACUUUUUCUUCUUCUUGUCAACUAACACUUCACAUUUGUAUAUUAAUCAGUCAACACGACGUUUCUCCGGUUGCUUUAUCACCGAAAUAAUCAUCCAUAAUUGCUUCUACAGUUGUUAAACCAUUAAUAAUAGCGGUUUAACGAAUUUCAUGGAGAACAGUAGUAACAAAGAGACGGCGAUGAGACUUAGAGAGGUGGCCGAAGGAGCAGUAAAGGCGAUUGGGUUAGGGUUUGAUAUAGUGGAUGAUUUGAGGUUGAAGUUUUGUAAGGAUUAUCAGUUGAUCUCUGUUGACCAUGAUCAGGUGCGAGACAUUUCAAUUCCUGGUGGAAUUUUGGUUCAAAAUGUUCCCAAAUCUAUCAAUUGCGAUAAAGGCGAACGCAUGAGAUUUACUUCUGAUAUUCUCUCUUUCUCCCAGUUUCUUUUGCAGUAUAGGCAAUGGAGGGUCUCAACAAGAGAAAGGGAAGAAGGGGAUGCUGGAAAUCAAGGGAAUUUGGCAAUCAAUGAAUCUGAGAUGUCCGAGCGAUUUAAUCAGGACCUAUCCCUUUCUGGUAAGAUUCCAUCGGGCCAUUUCAAUGCUGCUUUUGAAUAUACCACUUGUUGGCAAAAAGACGCUGCCUACACGAAAGCUCUUGCUUUUGAUGGGGUCUUCAUAACACUCUAUAACAUUGCAUUAGAGAAGGCUCAAGUUGUACUGCGUGAUCAUGUUAAACAAGCAAUUCCUUCAUCUUGGGAUCCAGUAGCAUUGACAAGGUUUAUUGAGAAAUAUGGUACCCAUGUUAUUGUUGGUGUAAAGAUGGGUGGAAAGGAUGUUGUAUAUGUCAAACAGCAAUAUUCUUCAACACUUCAGCCUGCUGAUAUACAGAAAAGGUUGAAAGAAGUGGCAGACGAAAGAUUUGGCAAUGCAAAUGUACAAUCCAGCACUACUUUGCUAGCUAAUAGUGAACAACAGCUGCCCUUUAUGGAUUCAACUUCAUCAACAGUUCAUCUUCACAAAGAGGAUUUUACAUUCCUCUGGGGGAGGAGAGGUGGAAGCCGUAUCAGAAAUAUCCCACAUAAAAGGUGGUGCCAAACUGUUCCAGUUGAACCAGACGUGAUUUCAGUGUCAUUAAUUCCAAUAUCAUCAUUAUUGAGCGGGAUUGAUGGCAGUGGUUUUUUGAGCCAUGCGAUUAACUUGUACAUGCGUUAUAAACCACCAAUUGAAGAGCUUUAUCAGUUUUUGGAGUUCCAGCUUCCAAGGCAAUGGGGACCAGUGUUCGGUGAACUUCCUCUUGGUCCAGAGAGGAAGCAGCAAAGUGGUGCAACUCUGAAGUUUAGUCUAAUGGGACCCAAGUUAUAUGUUAAUACAAAUCUGGUGGAUCUGGAUAAACCAGUGACCGGUCUCCGAUUGUAUUUGGAAGGAAAAAGAAACAAUUGCUUAGCAAUCCAUUUGCAGCACCUUUCAUCCUUGCCAAAAAGCCUUCAGCUUCAAAAUGAAUCAUAUGGCUAUGCGAGUAGCUCCUCUGACCAAAGGUAUCAUGAGAAAGUCCAAUGGAAAAGUUUUUCACAUGUAUGCACCGCACCCAUAGAAUCUGAUGAUCUCUCCAUUGUCACGGGGGCCCAAUUUGAAGUUAGAGAAUCUGGUCUGAGAAAUGUUCUUUUUUUACGCCUUCAGUUUUCUAAAGUCAUUGGUGCCACUGUCAUAAAGAGAGCUGAAUGGGAUGGUUCUCCUGUUAUCACUGAAAAAUCUGGAAUCAUCUCAACUAUAAGUUCUCAUUUUUCCUCGGCUCAAAAGCCACCUCCACGACCAUCUGAAGUUCACAUAAAUUCUGCACUUUAUCCUGAUGGACCUCCAAUGUCAGCACAAACCCGAAGACUCUUGAAGUUUGUGGAUACGACAGAGAUGAUGAGAGGACCCCAGGAUCAACCUGGGUAUUGGAUGGUGACCGGGGCUAGGCUUGUAGUGGACAAGGCUAAGAUUUCUCUUCGUGUUAAGUUCUCUUUACUAGCUGUUGUCUUGCCAGAUGAAGAGGAGUCAUUCCAAGGCUAAUGUAUAGGGGGAGAAAAAGAAGCAAAACAAAUUGCUUAGCAUUUUUGCUAUUAUGUAUGUAUCUGUAAAAAUAAAUAAUAGGAUUUUGAAAACUUCUCUUGUAUGAAUGCGCAGCCUGAAAAAAAGAAAGAAAGAAAGAAAAUGGAAAAUUUCUGUCUAGUGUGGCAAUUAAAUUA